AUGAGAAAUGAGAAAAACAAAUUCCGUUCAGCAGUUGAACAAAUUGACCGUUUACCAACAUAUAUAGUACCCACGAAUUAUAACAUCAAGUUGAAACCGCAGUUGCUGAUCGCGAACACCGAAAAGAACUAUACUGCUCAUACAUUAGAAGGCGAAACCAGUACUAGGAUCCAUAUUCUUAAAAAAACGCGAUAUAUAUAUUUACAAGGAUAUUUUUUGUUUAUAUAUGACACGCCCACAUUGAUUAACGAGAAUAAUGGAAAUGUCUAUGAAUUAUUACAACAUAUGUUUUAUAAUCCUGCAACGCAUAUAUUAACAUUUUAUCUCACUGAAGAUCUCUCGCCUGGGUUCUAUAUUCUGAAUACAAAAUUCUAUGGUACAUCGGUUCUUCCCAAGAAAGAUGUUUUCAAAAUUGCAUAUACAAAUAAAAGACGAGAUGUAAUAUGGUCAAACGCACUGAAUUUUCAACCUAUUAGGGGCCGACAAUUAUUUCCAUGUUGGGAUGAACCAGCAUUUAAAGCCACUUUUAAAAUUUCCAUACUGCAUCACGAAAAUCAUACGGCUUUGUCGAAUAUGCCGAUUGAAAAUUUAGAGUAUGUGAAUAAUAAUAUGGUUUGGACACAUUUUCACAUUACUCCUUUAAUGUCGACAUAUCAUGUGGCAGUUGCGCUAAUCAAUUUUCCAUCUUAUCGUAUUAACGUAAAUACCUCCAAACAUCAAACUAUAUGGGGCAGUACAUAUCCCUCACAAUAUACAAAAUUUGCGGAGAAUAUGUUUGAAAUUGUUACAUCGUAUUUAGGAAUCAUGUGGAAUAAAACGAUCUCAAAAAUAGAUCACGUUGUUUUUCCAGAAUCUGAAAAUAUAUGGAAUUGGUAUUUGCGAGAUGGCGUAUCGCAAUGGGGACUUAUUUUUUAUAGAGAAACGAGAAUUUUAUAUAAUGAAGCAGUAGAUCCUCCUUCACGUAAAAUAGAGAUUAUGCGAUUAGUGGCACGUGAAGCAGUACAUCACUGGUUCAGUAAUUUGGUCAAUCUAUCUUGGUGGUCUUAUUUAUGGAUAACCGAUGGUAUUGCAGGAUUGCUUGUAGCAAAUGCCAUUAAUGAGAUUUUUCCAGAUUCUCGGAUAUCAGAUUUGUUUGUAGUUCAGAUUCAACAUGAUUCUCUUAACUUGGAUACUCACUCCCUUAUGAAACCUCUUCAACAAGAAAUCACUUACAUUGCUGAUAUUGAUUUGCUUGUUAUCUCCGUUUCUUAUAUCAAAGCACCUGUUAUAUUUCGCAUGUUUCGACAUAUGCUUACUGAUGCGGUAUUUUGGAACGGGAUUAAUAAAUAUUUAAACAUGGAAUUCUUAUUGUUUAAAUUUAAAAAAUUUAGUCAACUUAGCUCUGAAAGCUCUGCCUAUGAUUUAUGGAUCUCUAUGCAAAUGGCUCUAUUUAAAUCGAAUUACAAGGACACGUUUGAGCCAGUAAUGUCUGACUUAAAAAGCAUAAUGAAUAAAUGGACAACGACGAGUCAAUAUCCUGUGCUAAAUGUGAUUCGAGAGAGCCGAAGUGGUAAUAUAAUAAUAUCACAGGAAAAAAACACAUGGUGGAUACCUAUAACUUACACUACACAAACAGAGCUCAAUUUUAAUGACACUGUGCCCCGCCGUUGGCUAACACCAAAUGAUCAGCAAAUAAUUAUUUUAAAUGUUACACAAUUUGAUUGGAUCAUAUUUAACUUGCAACAAACUGGCUAUUAUCGUGUUAAUUACGAAUUAACUAUGUGGCAAAGAAUCGCCUAUUAUUUAAAUUCUAACAAUUAUAAAAACAUACAUGUUCUCAAUCGUGCUCAAAUUCUUGAUGAUGCAUUUUAUCUUGCAAUAGAAGAAAAAUCAAUAAAUUUGUCUACAUUUUGGGAUCUUAGCAAUUACCUAUCGCGAGAGACAGAUUAUGUAGCAUGGUACCCUAUGAUCAAAGCUUUUGAAUAUCUGUCAAUUUUUAUUCCAUUUUCGGAAAUUGGACUUGAGGAAAAGAUGCGUAGAAUUUUGCCUACAGUUUUUAAGAAAAUAGGGUACAAAGAAAUUCCUAACGAGAAUGAUCUUACUAAAUGUUUAAGACAAGAAAUUGCAAAAUGGGCAUGUGUGCUCGGUGAUUCUGAUUGCAGAAAUAAUGCCAAAUCUAAACUAGAAUGGCAUCUUGCCAAUCCUGAAAAGCAUAAAAUUUUGCCAUGGUGGGAAGACUGGACAUUCUGUAAUGGUUUGAUAAAAGCAAACGAUUCUAUUUGGAUGAAAAUGCUGGAUAUAUCUAAAAGGGAACAUAAUAAAAAAAUUUUAGAAUACUUGACCUGCUCUGAAAAUUCUACUAUUAUUCAAACAUAUUUAAAUAGUAUAUCGGAUAAUAUAACACUAGAAAUCAAUGUUCGUGUUAAUAUUUUCCUUCGUAUUAUCGCAAAGCAUGCAAGGAACAUUGAAGUAUUGGAAUAUAUAUUGGAGAAUUUCGAAAAAAUAAAACCCGCAGAAGUCAAUGUGUUUGCGGCAUUAACUGUUAUUCUUAAUCAUGGAAAUAUUGAAAAUCAAGAGAACACGAUUCUAAAUAAGUUCGUAAUAUAUCUGAAGGAAGAAUUAAUAAUAUCAACCAUGCAAUUUAAGUUAUCCAGUCGAGAAAAACGACUUGAAAAGAUACAGAAAAUUAUGUCAAAUGAUUUAAAGGAAGACGUUAUGUUUAAUAAAGAAAAACCGGAAAUACUAGUAAAUGAAGGUACCAAACAAAAGACAUACAAUAUUUCGAAAAGAACUAUGAACAGUAUGAAACGGGAAAUUGACUCUAUGCAUUUUCGCCAAGGAGAUUUCAGUCUUAAAGAUGAAUCGCGUUCUGGACGUCCUGAAAAGAUUGAAACGGACGAAUUGCAAGCACUGCUGGAUAUAAACUCUGAGCAAACUGAAAAGGAGCUUGCAGAACAGCUUGGCGUUACGCAGCAAGCCAUUUCCGUACGAUUACGCAACUUAAAUGACAGCGUACCGAAAUUCCCUAGAAACGUAGAAAAAGAUGAGAAACCUGAAUAUCGAUAA